GCCAUCGCGGGCAGCAUGGAGGGCGAGAGCACCUCGGCGCUGCUCUCGGGGUUCGUCUUCGGCGCUCUCUCCUUCCAGCACCUCAGCACCGACUCCGACACGGAAGGUUUCCUCCUUGGGGAUGUGAAAGGUGAAGCCAAGAACAGCAUCACAGACUCCCAGAUGGAUGAUGUGGAGGUUGUCUACACCAUAGAUAUCCAGAAGCACAUCCCCUGCUACCAGCUCUUCAGCUUCUACAACUCUGCAGGGGAGCUGGAUGAGCUUGCUCUGAAGAGAAUCCUCUCAGGCUGUAAGAAGAGUGUCAUAGGCUGGUACAAGUUCAGGAGGAACACAGAGCAGGCCAUGACCUUCAGGGAGAGGCUGCUGCACAGGAAUUUGCAGUCCCACCUUGCAAACCAGGGCCUGGUGUUCCUCCUGCUGACCUCCAGCGUGAUGAGCGAGAGCUGUUCCACCUACAGACUGGAGCACGCCCUGCACCGGCCCCAGGAGGGUCUCUUCCAGAAAGUUCCUUUGGUGGUGACCAACUUGGGCAUGGCAGAGCAGCAGGGCUACAGAACUGUGUCAGGCUCCUGUGUGUCCUCUGGCUUCCUGAGAGCAGUGAGGCAGCACAGGUCAGAAUUCUUCUGUGAAGAUGGAUCCCUGCAAGAGGUUCACAAGAUAAACCAGAUGUAUGGCACCUUGCAGGAGGAGCUGAGGAGGCUGUGCUCGACGGUGGAGGCCAGCGAGCGCUCUCUGGAGAGCCUCCUGGCUGAGGUCAGCCACUUGAAGGAAGAAAUCAAGAAGAGGAAGCAGCAGAGGGCUCCAGGAGGAGACAGAGAGGCCCCAGCGGAGCCAGUGGAGAACGUUCUCCUGUGCCAGGCCCUGCAAACCUUCUUCCCCAAUUCUGGCCUUCAGACCUGCCUGGUGUCCUUCAAGGGCCACCAGCUGGCCAGGAACUGCUGCACCACUGACCACAACAUCAAGGUCAGGGAGCAGCUGACCCUCCUGGUGGAGCACAGAGAGUGCCCUGAAGCGGAAGCAAGAGCCCUGAGCAAGCGCAAAGGCAGAGGGAGCACAGGAGGGGCCAAGGCCUUCAAGAAGUGCAGAGCCCUGCAGCUGCAGCGCAGCCUGCUGCCUGCCCCAGAGCACGCUGCCCAGGAGAGGAACCUGAUCCUCAGCAGCACUGAAACAGAUGAGGAGGGGCUGGAGAAAGGCAGGGACACAAAUGAGCACUCACAGUCUCCUACCUUCUGACCUGGCCCCCACCUGCCCAAGGGACUUGGCACCAGGAGCUGGACUGGAGCAGCAGAUCCUCCCCACACAGCCCUGGGCUGCUCUGCAGGGGGAGAAAUCACAGUGCAGCUUUGCAGGGCAGAGCAGGCUGGGGGCUGCUGCUUCUGCAGGGCAGGAACCAACCUCCUGCACAGCCCUGGGCUGCA